AUGGCACCACCUACUGAACCUGCCUAUAUUGAGAUUGCCGAGCGCAAGCAAAGGGCGCUCGCCGCCGCCAUCCCGUCAGAAUGGAGAUUGCCGGCACACUUGAUUCCCGAGGGAAUGCUCUCCCCGGCAGACUCAAUCACCAAGGGGCCGAAAGAAUAUGGCAAAGUCAGUGUCAUGGAUAUCCCACGUACUUGUGGCCUGUUGACGACUGAGGAGCUCGCCAUCACUGAGGAAAAUGACGUGCGGGGGUUAUUGAAGGCCAUGGGGAAUGGAAAGCUUCGGGUUGAAGAUGUAGUUCGGAGCUUUUGCAAGCCUUUGUUUGACAGGGCACUUGCCCGGGCCAAGGAGCUGGACGAGCAUCUCCAGCGAUCCGGUCGACCAAUUGGUCCUCUUCACGGUCUUCCGGUCUCAGUCAAAGACACCUUUUGCAUCAAGGGAGUCGACGCGAGUAUCGGUCUAGCAGCUCUUGCAUUCAAGCCCUCUGAAAAAAACGCCGAUCUGGUUGAUUUGCUCGAGUCACUGGGGGCUGUGAUCGUUGCAAAGACGAAUGUUCCGCAAACCCUGGGUACUUUAGACAGUUGCAACCAUCUCUUCGGUCGCACGUUGAACCCACUGAAUCGGCAAUGGACGGCUGGUGGGAGCACUGGCGGCGAGGGUGCCUUAUUAGCGAUGCAUGGGUCCAUGGUGGGCUUUGGCACUGACAUCGGCGGCAGUAUCCGUGUGCCUGCCAUGUGUCAGGGUCUGUAUGGAUUCAAGCCCAGUGAUGGACGCGUUCCGUACGGGGGCCAAGAGGGGGGCCAGAUCGAGGGUAAAGGGCGAAUCUCCAUUCAGCCCGUCGCCGGGCCGUUGGCACGAUCAGUGGCCGAUAUUGCGGCUGUUAUGGCCGAGAUUGUGCCACGCGCCGAGCUCUUUGGAGAAGACUGCAUCCCGGGGUAUUGGCCAACACCGUCUGUACCUGCUUCUCUCGCGGCCCCGCGGAGCUUCACCGUUGGAAUACUCAAAACGGAUGGAGUCGUCACGCCGUUGCCGCCCAUCACUCGUAUUCUCGACGAGGUAGCCGCUCGCUUGCGCCGGACUCCCGGCGUCGAAGUCGUCGAGAUCCCGCUGCCCAAAGCAUUGCCCAAAUGCCAGGCCCUCGCCGGUCGCCUCAUGGGCAUUGAUGGCGGAUCCAACAUGCUCAAUCUGGUCGAAAGCACAGGCGAACCACUGACGCCGUGGCUGCAGGGCCGCUUGAAGCGCGGCAAAACCUUGACGAUCAAUCAACUGGCGCAGCUACAAGCCCAGCGCGCGCAAGUCGAGAAGGAGAUGCUGAAGAUGUGGACGUUGUCUUCAACAUCUCGAGAUCGUCAGAUCGACGCGAUUAUCUGUCCCGUGGCACCGCAUCCAGUUCCGCAGAUGGAUCGAUAUAAUGCAGUGGGCUAUACGUCUACGUUCGUCCUGUUGGAUUAUCCUGCCGGGGUGGUGCCUGUGCGUGCUUUUGCCGAGUCGGAUCUCGAGCUUGGUCGGGCGAUGAAAGAUCCUGUUCUGGGAAGCUGGGAUAAGGCCAACCGGCUACUCUGGGACGAGAAGACUGUGGACCGGCGGGUCUACUUAGACUCCCCAUUGAGUGUGCAGGUCGUCACCCCGAAACAGCGAGACUAUGAGCUGUAUCAGGCGAUGGAGAUUAUUGAUCGUGCGGUGCAAAAUCAUGGUGCACCGGCCACGGCGAAGCUUUAG